AUUAUGGGAACAUAUACCCAAACAAGAAAACAACAACAAUUUAUUGAUUCUACAUAAAAAUAGCAUGGCAAUUUUAAAUUAAUAAACGUUACAAGUUUUUGGAAUUUACUUCGUAACCAUCAGAUGAUGUAAUAUUUUAUCGUGCAUUUACUGUAUAAAGUAACUACUGUUAUUGGUAGGUAGAACUGUGUUUGUAUUUCAUCAUAACUCUAAACUAAAAUGUUUUACAAGCUAAUCAUAUGAAGUCUGUGACUCAGUUGGUUCAGCAUAUGUGUUUUGCAGUUGAUGUUUAGUUUCCUAAUAUGAAGUUACACUUCAUUUCACUGUUUGUUGUUGUUUGUACCGUAUUGGGCUAUGGGGGAGCAACUCCUACUGGUGAUUCAAAUCCUUUUCAGAUCGUCCUUCUUGGAGUACCCGAAACUAUAACUGAUGAAAAGAAUGUAGAGGGAAAGCACAUGGUGGUUGAAGCCACCUACCAAUGGGGAAGUGACUUGAUCGAAAAAUGUGAUUACAAAGUGAAAGCUGAAGCUAUUAAAGUUACCAAUCACAAAAUGCUUAGUCUAGUAUUGAAAAGAAGAUUCUUUGUGAAAAUUUACGUUGACCAUAGGCUUUUGGAUAUUGUUGAAUACACAAAUGCAGUGAAAUUCGGUGACAAAGUGAUAAAAGAUGGACUCUUCAUCAACAAAGUGAUUGCUUAUGAUUGCAAGAAACUUGAAUUUGAAUAUCUCAUGAAGAUUGGAAAAUGCUGUUAUUCUAAAACAUAUGAAAUGCAAAGAAUUUUUAGAGAAAAUGUUGACUUAAAGUAUGAAAACUGGCGAUGGAAGGCUUUUGAUCAGGAAAUGUGCGAGAACAGCAAGACACGAAACUUUGAGGUAGAAGCUAAACAGAAGCAAGAAAAAUAUCCAUUUGUGAUUGAGUCUUAAGAACAAACAGUACGUGAUUGUUAGUCUUAUGCAAGGGGGUCCAUAGGGAACUUUGUCAAGGGUUGGGGGAAAGGCCUUCUAUUAAUAUAAAACACAUUAAACAAUUUUUUUGCUGUCUACAGACCAGCAUUCCAAUCAAAGUCAUAAGUAACACAUUAUUUUAAUGUAA